CUGUAGUGUCAGCUUCUGUCAAGCUUAAGGCCAUUGUACAACAAGAAGGCAAGCAACAGCGUAACGUGCAGACGAAGCAUCAACUUCGUCCGACUGCUUUCCUCUUGGGUGUCAUGUGACCAGAGUGCACGCAGAUGGACUGUCCUCUGAGCGUAACUGCAGUUAUCACGAUGUUUUAAAGCACUUGAACUUUACCGAAAACAAAGAUCUACACUCCUUGAUCCGGCCUGUUAAAAACCACAAAGAGCCCACAGUGGUACACAUGGAUGUCCUACUCUAUGCUAUUCUAGAUGUGAAUGAGAAGGAACAGCAAGUGGUUCCUUACGUUUGGAUUAAUAUGUGGUGGAAGAGCGACUACAUUGCUUGGGAUCCUGCAGACUUCUGUGGUAUUAGGAAAUUUUCUCUUCCUACUGAAUUAUUGUGGAAGCCAGAUCUAACUAUUGAAGAAAUGACAGAGAAGGACAAGGCCCCUCCAAGUCCUUAUCUCACUGUUAACAGUCGAGGUGAAGUAGAAGUUAUGAACGACCAGGUACUGGUCAGCACCUGUGGAAUGCACGUUUACAAAUUCCCCUUUGACAUUCAGAGCUGCAACAUCUCCUUCAAGUCUGUCGUACACUCUGUUGAAGAAAUACACCUUGUUCAGUAUCUCAACUCUUCUGAGGCCACAGAGUCGUCUCGUGAGUUGAUGCGGACCCAGUACGAGUGGCUGUUCAUCAACAUGACAGUCACCAACAAAACUGUCGAGACUUUUGGCUUCAAACAAGAUGUGAUGAUUUAUACAAUCUCCAUCAGGAGGAGGUCUGCCCUUUACAUCGCCAACUUCAUGUUGCCCGUCUUGUUCUUCUUGUGUCUGGACUUGGCCUCCUUCCUGAUCUCAGACAGCGGGGGUGAGAAGCUCAGCUUCAAGGUCACUGUGCUGCUUGCUGUCACUGUGUUACAACUUAUUCUGAAUGAAAUUCUGCCUUCUUCAUCAGACAAGAUUCCACUUAUAGCGACCUACUGUAUUGGAAUUUUUGGUUUGAUGCUGCUCAGCCUCCUGGAGACGAUUUUGGUGAUGCAUCUGAUGGAGAAAGACUCCCAAGACGACGAGGCCGAUAAAGACCAAAGCCUGAGUGAGGACUGUAACAAACAGAGCAAAGCCAACUUCCACAAGUAUGAUGCAGAGAUGAAGAAAUGGACUCUCUGUGAUGUGUCUACUGGUGAAACUCCAUCUGAACUGCUGUCGGAGGCCAAAGAGGGUAGCAGCAGCAAACUGACAGAGGAGUGCCAUGACUCUGAAAAGCUCUCAGAUGACCUGAGGGAAGUGUUGAAAACACUGAUCGUGCUUCUCAACAGCAAGAAGGAAGAAGGGAAGCCCGGCUACUGGGCCAGAGUGACUAAAAGAAUCAACAAAGCCUUUUUCAUUUUCUAUGUCAUAGCUGCGAGUCUGUUUUUACUCUGUAUGUGUAUCAGUUGGACUUAUGCAGAAGAAUAAUUGUGCUAAAUAGUGAAACAUACUGAAUGAUUGAGUUACAGUUCCCAGAAGUUGUAAUGCGUUCAUUUUUGGUGAUCAGUCCUGCAUCAGCACUACUGGGAAAAUUUAUUCUGAUGAUUGACAACAAGUCAUGUGGCCCUUCAGGUUAUGCAGAUGUGAAGCUUUGGUGAUUACAAAGUCUCUGCCCCCAGUUUGGUGUCAUUAACUUAAGUCACUGACCACACACACACUCCCACCUUGUUCUACUGAUCUAGAAAAGCUUAUGAGGAAAGAUGUAGUUGGCUGUUCAGAUAAUAUUUAAUCCGUCCUGUAAUGCAAUCACACACAUCUGCUAUUUGCAUGUUUCACACAGUGGUUUACAUCAAUCACACAUGUUUUAUUGUAAUAUUCUAGUACACUAAUAUGUGAGAAAGUGCUAUGUCAAGUGUUUAAUUAUGCAUGCAGAUGUUAGCAAGAUUGCACCUUGUUCUAGAUAAAUAUAUAUCUUAAGUAUGCAGUAACUGAUAUUAUUUUCCAAAUAUAAAAAUGAGCAUGCUAUUCAAGCAAAUUCAUAAAUACCAACGUUAUCAUGAUAACAUGCUCACAAUAACAAUACUAACAUGUCAAUGUUUAGUAGAUAUAAAGUUUACAAUGCUCACCAUUUCAGAUUAGCGUCUUAGCAUGCUAACAUGUGUUCAGAGGAUCACUAAAGUCUGUAGGAUUCAUUCUUGGGAACCGUAAUUAGGUGUACAAGAUUUUGUGCCAAUCUAUCCAGUAGAUGUUGAAAUAUUUCUAAACCAAAGAACGACCUACAAACCAAUAUUGCCAUCUGUUGAGCCAAGGUGCUAACGUAACAGGUUGUUCAUAUAUCUAUCUACAUUAAUCUGCUUUAUGUAUUCACAAUGGAAUAACAGUA